AUAAAUAGCCUUUUACAGGGUUAAUUUAUUACAGGAGUCCCACAACCAUAAUCCAGAAUUCUCGGCACAGUCCAAAGAGUACAUUCAAUCCUUCAAGUCCCAAUAGUCCAUCAACACACCAAAUACAACUCCAGACUCUCACCCCCACUUUGACUCUCAAGUCUGUUUCCAGGAUCUCUCACCAUGCCUCCCCCUAGCCCAUCUAGCCAGGAUGCUUCUCUUCCCUGCUUCCUUCUCAGACAGAAUUCUAUCUUUGUCCCAGAGACAUCAGUGGGCUCACUCCUCCAUCAUUCCCCAGCCUUUAGCCCUCUCUGGCCUUCCAGUUCAGAGAGCCAGCAGGCAUCUCCCUCUGUGGAUCUUAGCCUUCAGUCCUCUCCAGUCAUGGCUGUCUGGCCUGGGGAAGUUUGCAGGUGACCCCUGACCACCUUCAGCUUUUGCCCACCUGCUAUAGUUCCACUGCUCAACUAGGGAACUCUUACUGCUCCUUCCUUCAGGGGCAUCCACUCCCUGAAGUUUUCAGCCAAGCUCUGCUUUUCUUCUGAGCUCUCUCUACUUCUCUAGACACCCUCAGCUCUUCUCCCCCACCUCUCGAUUCUACACUCUCCCUUACCUUUGGGCCUGCUCUCAUUUAUAGCUCCCAGGAGCAGCCCUGCCUUCCUCAUUACACCAAACUAGGGCACACCAAGACUGGAACAGGAGACCUGAGCCCCAUAUCAGUUAAGGGGCCAGCUACCCUGUUACACAGGUACUGUACAUAGACCUUGUCCCAAAUAGUUUACAAUCUAAGCAUAUGAUGAGAGACAAUAGAUGCUUGCAAUAAACAAACAGGGAACUCAUACGGUAACAGUAAGAUAAUAAAGAUUAAUAUAAUAAACAAUGAUCAUAGCACAUCAGUUUAGGGUGACCAGACAGCAAGUGUGAAAAAUCAGGACAGGUGAUGGGAGGUAAUAGGAGCCUAUAUAAGAAAAAGACCCAAAAAUCGGGACUGUCCCUAUAAAAUCGGGACAUCUGGUCAUCCUACAUCAGCUGCCUAGCCAGCCUUUCCCAGCUACACUCCCUUGUGACUGUGGUUUGACUAACUUGACCAAAUUAUUUCAUAACUUUACGUACAGUUUAAGGAAGAUCGCCUCAAGAUACAACAUUUAGCACUUCAUGAUUAAGCAGUGUCCUCAUGUGCUCAUCAAAACCCUUUUGAUGUCAGUAGUUAUGCUGAGUGAUGUGGAUAAGGGUCGUACGCCUCUUCUUGUUGAAAAAUUCAUGUACGGUGCUGUUAGCAACAGAUUUUUUUUUAAUCUAGAUAAAUAGAAUUCUGCAGAGCUACAUUAAAUUAUCAAGAGCAAAAAAAUUCCUAGCAUCAGUUCUGCUAGGGAAAAAAAGAGCAUGUGACGUAUAUGUUACUGCGGCACUCUAAUAUUCUCCUCCUAUGGCAAAAGCUUGGACAUGCAUGUUAGUUACUUUACCGCAUCACUUCCAUUUUCCAAAACUCAGCUGAACAUACUUUGGCAUCACCACUUUCAUAAGCAAGCACAACCCCGCAGACUUCAGAAGAUUACUUGUGAGUUUGAAAGAUAAAACCAGCUAUCCAUGAUUUACUGAGUUUAUGAAACACAUGUUCAUUAUAAUGAACUUCAUCAUACUGAAGAGUCCCAACCAUCCAAAUGUGGGCAACAAAAAUUAUGUUUGGGUACUAAUGAGUCACUAAACCUAAAGUUAAUAAAACAAGACCAUACACCAAGCAUUCAUUAAAAGGGAGCUUUCAAUAGUUAUUCAUUAUUAUUAUUACUUAGAUAAUGGUAUUGGGGCCCAAUCAGAAUUGGGCUGGGGGAGGGCAUACAAAAAGAAGGGAUCCGAAUAGUGUUUGGCUAAUGUCAUUUUAGUUCUAGAUUUGGGAGGGGGGAGCUGUGGGUAUUCUAACAGUCAGGAUUAUACUGUGUGUGUGUGCAAUGAGUUAAUGAGUUACAAGGCACUGAAAAGGGAAUUUGUAGUUCUGUUGUUUAGGGCCAACAGAUCAAAAUGAUUAAGAUGGCUGGAAAAGUUCUUCCAGCUUUCUAUACAAGCUGAGAAGUCAAGUGUAGGACACUUAAAAGAAACUGAAUGACACAUGUCCUGAAUGCUGUUUCUAAUCCCAGGAUGUGACCUUCCUGCUCUAUCUGACAACUGACCCAGGAGCUUUUAACAGUCAGUCCUUUCGCUUAAAGCUUUCAGCAGAAUGUCAAUUUCAGAAAUAUACAGAUUGUGCUAGGUGUCACUACAUGCCUCAAAAAAUCAGCAUCUAUUUACAGUGAAUUUCAAUGAAAACGAAAGGGAGAUAGAUCAGUAGCUCCUUCACUCUUAUUGCAAAAGCCUGUCCAUCUUAAAAUGUUAAGUGACUUUACUUUUCAAUAGCCAGAUUUCAUGGCUGUGCAUUUCUUUCAUCCUGCAGAGCAUUACCAGCAGUAUGCAUCUGAGCCAUAAUUUAUUUUGAAAGAACAGACAUGUAAAUUGCCAUUAGCUCUCAGUGAAUUAUCCUAAGGCUUCCUAGACAAUGAAAAGUAAAGUAACCUCUGAUUCUAAAUGCUUCAGAUAAGUCCUAUGAGGGUACAAUGUACAAUGAGGGCUUUCACAUAUAUUUUCUGUGAGGAUGAACUUAUAUAACUCACUGAUAGUUCUGCUUUGCUCCUUUGUAUUUGAGCGACCAGAUCAUCAUUAGUUUGUGAUAAUAUUCAUCAUACCACACUCCCCACCAGUAUGCACUUUCUGUCUCACCAUUUAUUUUAGGCCUUGUCUACCUAGGACGGUUUUUCGAUAUAACUUAAGGUGUGAAUUUAAACCAGUAUUUCAGUACAACUCUCAUGUCAACACUCUUAUUCCGGUAGGGGUACCUCUUUUUCCUUUGUUGUUGUUGGUCUUGUUGUUCAUCUUAUAUAACUUGGGAAGUGAUUUAAGCUGAACCGAAAAAGCCACUUUUAUACUAGAAUUAGAGUGUGCACAUGGGGGGGUUAUAUGAUUAUAACUAUACUGGUACAGCUAUGUAACUAUAACUGGGAAAAUUUUCCAGUGUAGACAAGGCCUUAGAUUCCAACAAUAAAUACUCUGAGCUGUUUUUUAAAUAUAUUUUUAAAGAGUGUGGACACAACGGAUACAGUCUUAUUUUACAGUGCAUGUAACAAAUAUACUAUAGAUUGAAUUUAAAAUUAAAGUGAGCUUUUAAGUGAUGUGGCUAGAAGAAACGCAGAGUUUCAUCCCAGAUAAGUGGCCAUCCUUCCUGUACAGCUAGCACUCUGCUGGGGUGGCAGGCCACGGUUUGAGUUGGGAAUGACCCUCCAACAGUCAGGGGGGUCCACUACUUAAUCUGUCUCUGAGAGAUUGUAAGGAUGAGUUACUUUGGGGAAAGCUGAAGCCUGUUUAAAGUUCUCUCUUCAUUCUUUUUAUUUUAAAAUUCAUCUCAUACUUAGAUUGUAAAGCACUUUAAGGCAGGUACCAACUGUUUAGUAUGUCUUUGUACAGUGCCUGGCACAAUGAGACCUUGAUCCAUGACUGGAGCCCAUAUGUGUUACCUCAAUACAAAUAAAUAUACAUACACAUCUGCGUUAACUUAAAGGAAUGCAAAGAAAUGGGAGGGAUAUAUGCAAAAUUUCAAAGAGUGAAUAUUUUUACACAUUUCCUGUGGAAAAAUUACAUUAAAAAUGCAAUUGCCCUUUGAAGAAUUAUUGUGUCAAAUAUCAAGAAAAAAUACAUGUAUUAAAGUAUAAAUCAGAAGUUCUGCUUUAUGUGCAAAUCCCAAUGCAAUCUUAACCAUGGAGUCACUGUCAGUGCUUCAUAGUGUUAGAUUAUCUGAAAUAGUGGGCUUUAGAUAUCUGAAUUAAUCCAAACAUAUUUGAUAACCAACUAUGUAGUCCCAAGAGUUGUAUUUUCCUAGGUAGGUAAAGUUACAGAAUUUUUUUGCUAUUUUUUUUCCCUGCUUCUUAUUUUAGCUAUACCUUAGGGGUUUUAUUUAUUUGGACUUGUACAAUAAAAUAUACCCAUACUAAAGGGUCUAGGUUUCUUGACAAUGAAUUAGUCUUACAACAUAAUAAGCAUUAAUAAACACCCAGAAGCAUUAAAUAAUCAUAUAUGGAUAACACAUAAAUGAAGCCUGCUAGCAGCAUUAAGCAAUCAGUAUAAACAUUACACAGACAAUUACGAAGUCACUCAGCCAAAUAGUAAACCAAAUCAAUAGAAAAGCUCCCUUCCACCUCCACCCAUCACCUCUGGGAGUAUAAAAGCAACCUUCCCCAAAGCUCCCUAUCAAAUAAGAAAAUGGAAUAGUAAAUGUUUGAUCAGUUUUCAAUAAGUUUCUUAGGAAACAAUAAGGCACAGUAGUUUAAUAAUAUACAACUCAGCAUUGUGACUUGCUAUAAGGAGUCAGGUCUGUGAUUACAGGGAUGAUCUUUAUAUAAUGUGAGAUCAAAGUCCAAGUCUUGUAAUUAUACAGCUCGUCUCUGUCUUUAUAUUAUUGUAACACUUUAUCAUCUUUAUUAUAUUGUUGUUGUCGUCAAGAGAUCAGUUGCCUUUCUUUUCGCAAUACCUGGACUGGACUACGAUGCCCUUUGUUUUGUAUGUUUUGAAACCCCUGAGUAUCAAGUGACUCAAAACUUUUGAAGCUAUUUGAGGAAAUAAAAUGGUUUGGCUUGACUGAAAUAGAACAAGUGACUCAGGUAGGAAAAGGGUCUCUGUUUCAUGUAAAACCUCUGUCUUUCUCUCUUUAUCUCAGGGGCUCUUCAGGGAGAGUCUGGUGAUGCUGCAUUAUUGAUGUGAUACAGGUCUCCAGUGGAAACAGAUGUGAUAUGUUUGGUUUCUGCUGAUAUCCUGGGUCGAACACAAAGCAAAUUACUGAAUGUCAGAAGACUCAGGUUCAAUUCAACAGUUCAAAGCGCAGUUUGAAAAGUAGUCCUUGAAUACUAAAUCUUAAAUUUAGGCCCUGUUUCAGAAGGAAAAGUUUGAUGUGUACUAGAGAAACUGUGCCCCAAGCCAUUUUGACAAUACAGCCUUCAGCAGAGAUUAAAAUGCAUAUAGGAAGUAUGCCCCUUUGGGAUUUGUUUGUUCUCAAAUCAGGCAAUGAUAGAUGGGUCAAAAGCAUUUAACAGCAAAAACCUGAAGAAAACCUCUCCCUACAAUUCUUCCAUUCCGUGUAGAGCCCUAUAUUUUUAAAAUCCCAGUUUCAGAUUCAAAACUUUCCCUUUAUUGUCCCUCGGAGACUUGCAGUUAGUUGAACGCAGCAUAUUCAUGCCUCUCAAUAGAUCAAGCAGAGGUGGAGGAGAAAGGACUGUUUGAUCAGAGGCCAGAAUCCUCUUUAGCUUGAAUAGAAGUCCAAGGCUACUUUUACAAACAGGCAAGUGCAGUCUCUCUAUUCCAGAAACUCUGCAAGAUAAAACAGCAGUGAAAUCCCAAUUAGACAUCAAGACUUCCACAUUCACUUGGCUGUUUUGUUUAACCUGCCUUUCUAGCUUGUGGUGGCCAUCAAAUAAAGACCAAGUUCUCCCGAUUUACACCCAGUGCAAUCCCCCAUGGGUCUAUUACCUCAUGGUAGGUGUAAGAGAAACACUUCAGUAAGACACUAUGGGCUGUGUUCUGUGGCCUGCAGUCACACAGCGUUGUGUAUCUUCAGUUUAACAAGUAUCUUCCCAAAGAUGCUCAAAGCUGAAUUUUGUUUCCCAGUAUCUAUAAAGGCCAGAUCUCAUUUCUUGGCCAUCAGUUUGUCGGUUUCUUUCUUUUUUGCAUUCUUCCUCUUUUCAUCUGUUUCUUGGAUCACUCCUCAGAUUAAAAAAAAAAUCCUCUAGAUCUCCCUGCAUCUGGUGUUUCCCCUUUUCAAACAGAAUCCUUUCAUCUUGAAAACACCAUCUCUCUUCUGUUUUGCCUACACUAGGUGAGGAAGGACAGGAAGGGAGAAAUGACAGCAAAGUUACUUGGAUAUUAUUUCUAGAGAACAAAGACAAAAAUCCUCCCACUUUCCCCCCCUGCUUGCUGCUCAGGGAGGAAGCCCAAAGAAUUGAGAUGUAGCGGGAGUAAGGCGAAAAAAUCAGACAGGGUCUCUCUCAGCCGGAGACUGAACAAGAGAUAGCUGUUGACAAGAGAUUGACAGGUCAGUGAGGAGAAGAGAAUACACCUCAGACCAACUGUGCUCAGCCACACUUCAGACCAAAAAAAAAAAAAAAGUUCACAAAACGGUGGAAGCACUUUUUUUAAAAAAAUGAUGCAUUUGGUGCUUCCCUGCUUUCUCUCAGAGAGCCAGUGAAAUAUUUGAUGGGAAGAAAGCGAAGGAACCAAGGUCUGACUGUCUUUAAUCUCCCCUGCGACCGCGCCGAUCAGGCAGGGAGUUCUGCAAAGAGAGCGCAGGAGGCAGAGAGCGAGCCAGCGGGGACCCUCCCCGGGGCUGGCUGCAGACAAUGCCAUGGCCCCGUCCGCUUGCUUCUGGAGGCCCGGGGAAGGGCUCGGGGCUGGCAGGCUCACCUUGUUGCGUGCAGGUGGGCAGGGUGGAACAGGCGGCAGCCAGGGGAGGCCGGGACCGGGGGGGCUGUUCCGAAAGAGGCGAGUUAGGAGGGUAAUGAUUGCCAUCCUGCAGCAAUUUCCCUGUGUCAUGGCUCCUGUUUCCUAGCAACAGCACCGAGUCCGGCCGGCACAGCAGCCGCGGCUGCCCGAGCACCAUUCAAGAGCAGCAGAAGCAGAAAGCAGCGAGCCCGCCAGGCUGGCAAGUCAGCUAGCAACAACCACCGCCUCGGGCAGGAGGAGGAGGCUGCAUCUGGCAGGGGGAAACAAUAAAACAAGCAGGGAAGGAUGAAGGAUGGAGAAGGCACCGCACUUCUAGGAAACUCCUUGGAAUGGCUCUGUCCGCGGGCUCCGAGGGGGCUGACAAGAUCGGGUCGAUCCCUCCCGCAUUCCCGGCUAGGAUUAUGAGCCAGGGCGAGAUUACGGAUCUGGAGGGGCUGUGUCUGCGCUGAGAUGUCCACUCGGGCUGGAAAGUUUCUCCAUGGUUUCUUUAUGGUGCCUGAGCUCCUCGCUGCCAGCUUUGAUUCCCCCCCUCCAGUCUUCCUGGGCAGCUGUCCAGAUGAUGUACCCAUACCGUAAGCAGAAGAGGAUGGGUUUCUAGAUCACUGCAGCUAAAAUACGAAGGAAAUGAUCUGGAAGAAGCUUCCAAAAGGAGCUGGAGCCGCUCUAGGGAGCAGUGCCCCGGGUAGCCAGCCAUGAUCGCCACUGGAGGCCUCCUGAGGAUCUCGGCCAGGAAACAGGACCCCCUGCGACCCCAAAGCCAGGCCCCCAGACGCAAACGCAAAGCCAAAAAGAAGCGCAAGAACGACGUGGUGGUGGUGAAGGGCAAGCUGAAGCUGUGCUCCGCCUCGGGGCUCCUCGCCCUCUGCGGCAUCCUGGUGCUGCUGGUGGGCAUCGCCUUGGCCGUGGUGGGCUAUUGGCCCAAACCCAGCCCCGUCUACCGGGAGGGCAGCUUCGGGGGGAGCAAACACCUGCCCGCGCAGGGCGGCGCCACCAAAAACCGCUCCAGCCGGGGCCAGCCGGGGGCGCAAGGGGGAUCCCCCCCGGACACCCCCAGAGCCAACGCCUCCUCCUCCAGCAGCAGCCGGGGGUCCCCCCGCGCCGCGCCGGCCCCUUCCUCGGUGGGUUUCCUCUUCCAGCUCUUCUCGGGCUACCUGCACUCGGACAAGCUCAAGGUGCUGGGCCCCCUGAUCAUGGGCAUCGGCAUCUUCCUCUUCAUCUGCGCCAACGCGGUGCUGCACGAGAACCGCGACCGCAAGACCAAGAUCAUCAACCUGCGGGACCUCUACUCCACCGUCAUCGACGCGCACAGCCUGCGGGCCAAGGAGGGCGGGGGCCCGGCCGCCGCCCCGCUCAAUGGCUUCGUCAGUUACGUGCAGCAGGCCCGGGGGCUGGGCGGCGGCGGCGGGGGGGAAGCCUUGGGCGCCGCGGCCAGGCUGGCCCAGAGCUCCUGGCCCCCGGCCCUGGGCGCCCCCGCGCCCCGCUGCGCCUCCUUCUCCGCCUCCCCGCCCAGCCUGGCCGAGGCCGUCUACAGCAUCUACCGGGAGCGAGCCGCGCUGGGCGCCGCCACCCCGCCCUGCAGCCCCGCGCCCGGCUGGGGCCGGCGCCGCACCGCCGACUCGCUGGUGGGCUCCUCGCUCAGCGCCUUCCCCCUGCUGCCCCUGGGCCAGGCCGAGGGGACGGGCGGGGAGAGCUGCGAGCCCGGGGCCAGGGCGAGCCCGCGGGGCGAGUUCGAGCGGAGCCUGAGCGAGCUCGGCAGCGGCAGCCCCCUAGGGCCCGGGCAGGGGCGCAGGCACCAGCGGGUGCUGAGGCGCCAGAGCACAAGCUGCCUGCCUGACGCCAGGCGGCCCCUCUCCCCUGGCCCCUCUCAGACUCGGGCUAGCAGCAGGGAGCUGGACUCCACCAGCCUUUCAGCCAAGGCGGCUUCUUCCACCUUCUCCAAAUCUCUGGAUCUGGGCAGCUCGCCUCCCGUCACUCCGCCGGAGGUCGGGCGAGGCUCCCAGACUGACCCAUCCAGCAGCAAUAAGGGCUACACCCACCUGGAGGAGGCAGGCACCUCCUUGGAGUCUGUUGCAAACACCCCGGCCUGUAAAACCCAGGACUGUGAGGAGGACCCAAAAGGGGAGAUCGCCCCCCUAGAGGGAGCCGGCAACGAACAAACAGUGCAGCGUCCUCGGCAAAUUCAGAGACAAUAUACAAAUAAAGAGAAGCUCUUCAUGAUUUCCAGGUCGCACGCCACGGCAGGGCUGGAGGAUGGGGAACUGGAAAGCACAGGCGUUUGAACAAACAGGGAAAGCAUCAGGACAAGCAAGCCCUCUGCCUCCUUGUGGACGGAACCCGGUCAAUAUGCAAAGAGCUGCAAUAUGUUAUCCUUGAACUGCAUUCAAUAAAUUCCUAUAGAUGACACCAGGAAACAAAAAAUCUUUCUGUCCGAUUGUGAUUGUAUGUUCCAUGCAAACCAAAUUGUAUUAAACAUCAAUAGUCCAGCAAGUUCUUCGAAGCAAAAGAAUACCAUUUUGGACAACAUAACUGUACACUUCAUAGUUUUUAUUUCUAAGUCCCCCUCCCCCCCAAACCCUCUUCCUUGGGUACUCUGAUGCCGGUUUGUCACUAACUGCUUCAAAACCACCAGCUCCUGUCCUAGCUCCAGCGCAAGGUGGUUUUCCUUCAGCAAACUGAGCUCUCCCCCUUUGUUUUGGUUAAAUCACUCAAAGUUUGCAGGGCCUUAUGGAUGAAGUAUCUUCACAAAGAACACUCUUACAGGCAUUUGUUUAAAUUCUGGAAAGAUGACAAGGGAGGAGAGAGUGGAGCUGGACAAAGCUCUGAUAAUCUAAUUGGAACUGUUUACAGUCUUAAAUUAGAGACCUAAUAAGACACCUGGAUACUUUAUUAAGUAUUAUCACACAUGUACUAAUAGCAUUAAUAAAUUUUUAAAAUAAAAACGUUUAAUCAUUUUAAAACAGUUCUCCCCCUAUAGUGCUUACAGAUCAAAGAAGACUUUUGUAUCAAACUACUAAAUAUUACAGAUUAGGUAUAAAGGACAAAGGUUUGUUUAUGUUGCUUUUGACAUAGUAAUAUUUUCAAAACAAAGAUAUUGGGUUCAAUCGCUGAGCACACUGCACUUUAGUACAAGCAGCAGAUUCUGCUUCUAUUUCUAACCCGUGUUUAAUUGGCAUUUUAGAUGGUAAGGAAUCAGAGAUUUCGAGAUUCUAAAGAGAAAAAUUGAGUAAGGUUUUACCUUCCAUUAAAAUUAGAUUUUUCACGAGUAAUACAUUAAUCUCAGAAACAGUGGCCCAUACUUUGUAGAUCUUCGACUUCCCCAAGAACAGUCAAUGUAAGAUUAAGUUUUUCUACAGUUAAGGCUCCAGUCUUGCAAACACUUAGGCACAUGCUUACCUUUAAGGAUGCAAAUAGUCCUAUUAUACUCUGUGGGUUAAAUUCUGGCCCCAUUGAAUUAUAUGGGAGUUUUGCCAUUGACGUCAAUGGAGACAGGAUUUCACCUUGAGUGGGUAAAAUAGCAUGUUUCCUGAUGGUUGGACUAUAUAUAUAAUAUAUGAAUCAAACAGCUAUUUGGUAACUGGGAAUUUUACUUUAAUAAUUACAAUAAGACUGGCAUUUGCUUCAUUAACUAGAAAAAUCUCUUUCAACUCCCAAUUUCAGAUACCAACAAAAUUUUCUAUUUCAAAUAUAUAUUUAAUAUGCAUAUGACGUUUCAUUAUGUUAACCACAGAGUUAUUGAAGUUAAACAUUAUGAUAUGUAAGUAGUGCAUUGGUUUUCUCUCUCAAUUAAGGUUUCCAUAAUAGAUUAGUAUUUAGUACAUAUCUAAUAAUUAAAUAUAGGUACAAUAUAAUAAAUAUACUGAUCAUUACAUUUGAUUGUGAAGAGUGAACAGCAACAAUAAUUACUAAAUAUAAGAAUGAAUAAUUUUUAAAAUAUCAGAUAAGAGACUGCCAUCUUGAGGCUCUACAAUUUUCCAAAGAGGAAAUGUAGUUCCCUUUUGCAACAGAAAGGCACAAGCAUCACAGCCUCAUGUACUGUCAAUGGCAACCAAGAAAAGUACCCAUAUGAACUUUGUUUAAGCAUUGUUUUUGUUAAACUGCUAUCUAAUGUUGUUUAGCCAGCCAGUGUGGAAGUGACCAAAAUGUUUUAAAACUAUGUGCAUAGGCUGGAACAUGAAUUUUAUUUACAAAAAGAUAAACAAACAUGUCUAGGCCCUGCACAGAGUGGGCAGCUUAACAGUGUUAGAAGGCAGUUUAAUCAGAAUUGAUUUCAUCAUGAUUACUUCUGGCUCAACAUUGGGCCAAAAAGUUAGAAGGAAACUUCUGUUCUGUGCUUUUCCCAUGAUUUUUAGCAGACGUCUAAUGAAAUAUCAGGAAAGGGUCAUCAGGCACUGAGAGAGGGAUGCUAGUUAUACACAGUUAUGGAGAUUUGCCUUGAUCCUGUCUGGGAAGGUGCCUGUUCAAAUCCACAUGGGGGCAGAGCAGGAGUCUACCCACCAAAUCUCAUUGCAGGAUUGGGACCAUAGUGGAAAAAAUGACAGAUUUUUUAAAAAAUAAACCUGAAAAAAUCAUAUUAUAUACACUGUUUCUAUUUUCAUUCAGUAAAAGUUUAUCCAGCCAUCUAAGCUAUAACAAUCACUUUUAUUUAAAGAUAACACAAGAUGCGACCCAAACCUUUUAUUUGAUUAGAAGGAAAGUACUUUUAAAUUGCUGGGCUAGAGUGUGGGGGCUUUUUUCUUUUUGUCGGACCGUGAGAGAGUAUUUUAUUUCAUUGAAAUUAUUAUUAAAUUUAUCUGUAUUUGAGAAUCUGUUAAAUGUGUCAAAAUACAAUCAGGAAGCCUUUUUAAAUAGCACAGCUCAAUUUCAAUGAUCACCCUUUUCAAUAAGUACUGUUUUAGACUUCUCCUAGGUUGCCGAACAUAUUGAAUAACAGAAUGUUUGUAUGCAGAACUGAGCUUGAUCAAUGAAAUUCCACUUCAGUGGCUAGUAGAGCUGAGUGAAUAAUUUGUAGCAAUUAAUUUAAUAAACAUAUAAAGCCUUUUUUCCAA